UGGGCUUGCGACAGCUGUCUUCAGAGCGGCAGUCGUUGUCGCGUGCCAUUUGGCUGAUUCAGUUUCAGUGUAGGUCAAACCCCGCAGGUUUUUGCCUCGCUGGGGCAUCCAUGGAUGGCGACGUGGUCCGCAGGCCGAAGCAGCCUUUCCGGGGUUGCCAGAAGUGCGGGUUCACGUCCAAUUGGGCGUGCCGGCUGCGAUGCCGAUGUGGAGUCAAGGCGCCAGCAGCGAUGCUCAAACGGGCGCAAGGCUUCACCGGUGGCGAUGCCGGGCGCAGUCCUGGGCAUGGCAGCCGUCCUCUUGCUGCCGGGUCCAAGCGCGAAGCAAGAUUGGAGAAGCAACCCGCCGAUCACACCAGGAAAUUCGAGCAAUUCAUGGCGCCAGCGCGUGCACCAGCCCAGCAGGGCGGCGGUGCGAGUGGCGCCGCAGGGGCUGCAGCAGACACCAGUUCGGAGGACCGACCACCUGCGCACAGAGGCGGCUCAGCUCGAACACGCCACAUGCAAGGGGAGCCUGCUGCUGCCGCCAAGAAGUUGCUCGAGGAGCAGCGCAAGGAAGUGCAAGCGAAGAUCGAGAGCAGGAAACCUGACCUCACGCAGCGACAAUGUGGGGCACAGGCUCAAUCGAUGCAAAGGCCGCUUGUCCAAGAUCUGCGACGACAUCGCUGCGUGUGACAAGCGCCUUGAGCAGGCGCAGAAGGAGAAGCAGGAGCUGAAGACGAAGCGCGCUGCCGCCGACAAGGAGUGUGCCGAGCUUCAGAGUCAGUUGGUGGCAUACUUGCCUCUUGGCGGGUCUCCUGUGGUCGGCAGCUUCGGCGUUCCACUGGAGUUGCUGGACGGUACGGCCGGGAUCAAGAAGAUGGUCGAGUCCGAGGCCGUCAAGGAGUUUGCGACGCUCUUCCGUGCGCAUGCGCAGGUGCCUGGCCUUGGGGUUCAUAACAGUGGCGAUGGAAGGAUCAGGUGUCGCCGAGCCUGCUCCCAUGGAUGAGGAGUUCGAUGACGUGUUUGUCGACCAAGAUGCGGCGGACAGUUUCUGGGAGAAGCGUAGGGGUGACAAGCGUGCGAUCCUGGAGUCCCUGCUUGAGGCCAAGGCUAAGCGACCCAAAACGACGCAUCGUUUAUGAUGAUGUUCAGCACGAGAGCGCUCGUGCCAUGAGGAACCAUUGCGUUCCAAACGCGGGCUGUUACUUCUUCGAGUGUUGCUUGUCUCCGCGUCUGGCUUGCUGUUCUUUCCCAUCGGGGCACGCAGGCAGGAUGGUCUCUUCUCGUCGCUCUCAAUGCUCGGGUUGACGUGCGCAAAAUUGGAAAUGUGCAGAGUGAGCCUGAGUGCCUCGUGCCGAAUGUCCGCGCUCACGACCCUAUAGGAUCCAGGGCUGUCUUCGCCCGCGACGCACCUCUCGCGCGCGGGGUCUAAGAUUUCUGCCCAUGGAGCAGCUUUCGGCUCGUUCAUCCUCCCUUCCCUCUCCCUCGUCCGCCUCCAAGGCCCUGGCGCCGUCCUGCGUGGUGAGGUCGGCACAUCGGCAUCUUUUAUCCCUGGAAACUGGCCCGGCGAACGGUUCGAGUCGCGCGCGGCCGUGGCCGCUUUUCUUGCGCUUCUGGGUCCUCUUCAGUUCCAUCCUCAUCAUCCCCCCUGGCCCCUAGUUCCGCUCCUCUCCCCCUUCGGCCGUAGCUAUUUUGGGUGAGGCCGAGGGGUAUUUUUGGUUAUGGCGGGGCUCGUCAUGGCCAUGGGUCAAUUCGCCCCCGCCCCGGGAAGGCUUUUUCCCGAAUGCGCCGCGAGCCCAGUCCCGCAUAAGUCGCGCGCGGGCGCGGGCCAUUCUUGCGCGCGCGCGCCGGCAGUGGCGCCCUAAUUGGGCUCGCCCAGGGAAUGGCGGUCGCGAUCCCCGCAACAUAGUUUCUUGCAAGCCUGCGCCCGCGGGGGCCGCCAACCUGUCGAAUUGUAAGGCUGUCGGCGGGCGGCGCGGCGCCGAUCUCCGGGUUCGCCGCGAUUGAAUUCCGCGCGGUUCCAAUAUUACUUUUUAUGCCUGCUGCCCCGCUCGGUUUAAGCGAUGUUGACAUUCGCGAGAUAUCUCUGGCAGUGAGUUCGAGAUCAUUGCAUCUUCAUCCCGUUGCCAGCGUCUUGUUUCUAUCGACGGA